AUGAUAGGUUCACGCAUAACUGCUUGGAUCACAUUGCAUACUAUCACUGUGUCCGGUUUUCUGCGCAAUGCGUCUUUGAUGGCUUCCCGAAAGGUAUCGGCGAAUCCGCCACCAUCUGAAGAGCGGACGUCUCCUAUAUCCCAAACUCCCAAAGGUGGCUUGGUACUAAAGGUUAGGGUGAAGCCUGGAGCGAAGAUGACUCAGCUCGUUGGUGAGUUUGAGGAUCCUCUGGGAGUGCAAGUUUCAGCACCUCCUCGUGAGGGAGCAUGCAACGAGGCUCUUGUUGAAUUCGUCUGUGAUAUUUUGAAACUGAAGAAACGUGACGUUUCACUGAUAUCAGGUCACAAAUCUCGUGAAAAAGUGCUCUCUCUGAGCGGUAUCGCGAUGGCGUCUGCAGAGGAACUAGUUCUCAAGCAACUGCAGAUCGACACUCAGUCCACCAAUUAA